CGAGGACGCUAUCCUUCUAAAAUUCCCGACACUUCACCUUGGGUUUCUCCACUCGCUUCGCAAGUAGCGAAGCAGCAGGCCUGAUUCACGGUGAAGAUUUCUUCCCGAAGGCUGUGGAUAAGAUGGGUGGCACUGCGGCGGCGCCUGUACUCCUCCUCUUCCUCAUGGCGUCCUGCUGUUUAGCCUCGGAUGUCGUGAAAGAUACAAGUCUCGGCCAAAUCAGGGGUAACCGUCUCGUUGUUCUCGGCCGUGUAGUGGAGGAGUAUCGCGGGAUCCCGUACGCGCAACCACCCUUGGGCCGGUUGCGCUUCAAGCCGCCCAUACCUGCUGAACCAUGGGAGGGUAUACUUGAUGCCAGGAGCAGAAGAACCGCAUGUCCGCAGGUAUUCACCUUUCCCCGAGCCUUUGCUAACAUCGAGCACACGGAAGACUGCCUGCACCUGAAUGUAUGGAGCCCUCAAGAGCGGGGCGCCGAUGAAAUCGUUCCCGUGCUCGCUUGGAUCCACGGUGGGGGCUUCAUGCAGGGAUCGGCUUCACAGAAGGUUUACAACGGUGCCGUUCUAGCGGCAAGGACAGGUCUCGUCAUCGUGACCUUGAACUAUCGGCUCGGUUUCCUAGGCUUCCUGGACACGCAGUCACCAGAUGCACCCGGAAACGUCGGUUUCCUGGACCAAAACAUGGCCCUGAAGUGGAUCCGGGACAACAUCGCACGAUUCGGUGGCGACCCUUCGAGAGUAACCCUUUUCGGCGAGAGCGCCGGUGGCAUGAGUGCUCACGCGCAUGUGUUGUCACCCAUGAGCAGGGGUCUUUUCAUCAGGGCGUGCCUAAUGAGCGGAAGUUUGCAUGGCCAUGGCUUGUUUCAGACUGUGAAUGAAAGUAUAAGCAAAGGAAACGCUGUUGCCGCAGCUGUCGGCUGUGUGGACCCCGACAGGAACCUCGCCCGUAACCCGGAAGCGGUUGUUGAAUGCCUGCGCCCUAAAAGUGCCUUUGAACUCGCCCGUGUAUCAAGUAAAAUAUUCAAGCCCAAGAUAUUCCCAUUCGUGCCAACUUAUCCUAACGAAUUCCUCCCCAUGGAUCCCAGCACCGCUGUCGAACAAGGAUUGUUCAAUGCAGCCGACCUCAUGGUCGGAGUCACCGCGGACGAGGGAGCACUAGCUUUUAUGUUACCUAUAAGGGACGAAAUUCUUUCGGACAACUUGCACGGCAUCGACGGACAACAAUUUGAGCGUUCUCUGCGUGAUAGAGUCUACGCGUGGCUGAAGGCGAACUUUUCCAGACCGCUGGAUGUGUACAAAGCUGGGACUCAUGACAGGAGAUCGCUGAGGCGCGCCUAUGCGGACUACCUGUCUGACUCGAUAUUCGUUUGCCCCAUGCAUUUCACCGCUGAGGCGCACUCCAACAAGGAGCAGUCAGUGUACACUUACGUCUUUGGUCAUUUGUCUAACAAGAAGACGCUUCCCACGUGGAUGGGAACACCACACGGCAAUGAUGUCAGCUACGUAUUCGGGAUCCCCCUUGCUGACCAAGAACGUUUCAGUGCUGAAGAUGCCGAAGUGUCUGAAGUGGUGAUGACGGCUUUGUCGACGUUUGCUUCCACCGGGGUGCCCCAGCUUCCAGGAGAGUACCUGUGGCCCAAGUACACCGCUGACAACCCUGUCUCAGUUUAUAUUUCUGCUGACAACUUAACAGAUAUAUCUGGUUUCCACAUGGAAAAGUGCAACGUUUGGAAGUCAUACUGGAAAAUUUAGACGGAUAUUUCAUAUUAAAGGCGAUUUCUUCUAU